CCCCGACUCCCCCGCUCCGAAGGGGUGGGGGCUUGGACCGACGGCUGCAACGGAGGCUCUCCCGGCGCCCUUCCCAGAAACCGAACUGACCGAUCCCUGCACGAGCCAUGCCCGGCAUGACGCAGCCGCUCGUCACGAUGGCGCUCGCGCUCGCCUGCGGAGCGCAGGCCGACCUGCAGCUCGUGCAGGUGUCCGUGUACGGCCCCGCAGCGGACGCCCCCGCCGGGGAGCCGCAGGAGCGCGCGCGGGCGGCGGGCCGGCCCACGGAGGCUCCGACCCCGGCCCCGACCCUGGAGAGCGGGGCGCCGUGCACCUGCGACGCGGCCGGGUGCGGCGUCUUCCCCUACAUGGACCUGGACGGCGACGGCUGCCUCUUCCUGGGCGAGUCGGAGAAGGUGGAGCAGUUCAAGGGACACUUCGACGAGCUGGACGCAGACGGGGACGGCUGCAUGACCCAGGCGGAGUGCGCCAACUCGUCGCUGUCCGACGAUCUCCCCCCGUACCCGAUCGUGGGCCCGGAGGAGACCGACUACGGGUUUUUCUUGACGGAGGGCACCAGCGUCCAGCAGCAAUGCACCACAGGAGAGACGAGGCGCCGCCGCUCGGAGGUGUGCACCGAGUGCCCUGCUGGCAAGGAGGACCUCGGCGAUUUCGACCAAUGCAUCGGGGGAGUGUACCUGACCGGACCAAUCGAGGCGGGCGCCGACACCGUCUUCAUCAACAAGGAUGUGGACGAAAGCGGAGUGGUGCUGACGGUGGGUGACACGAUCACAAUGUCGACGCGCAACCCUGGCCACUUCGAGAGGCUGGUCAUCACCGGGAAGGCGGGAUUUGACGACGGCGCGCGCCUCUCGCCCGAGCACGAGGUCCUGCUCCGCACGCGAGGGCCCUUCUUCGUCCUGGACCACGGGGUGAACGAAGGGUUCGGCCAAUUCGACGCGAUGCUGUCGUCCUGCUCGGCCACCAACGGGAUGGACCUGUCAACCGCAUACCCGUGCGGGUGCGGCAUCGCGAUCUGCGAAUCGGGCUACAAGUGCGACGAGGAGUGCGGCGCGAACGCCAAUAACACUCUGAUUGACGGCUACGCCGGGACUGGCUUCGGGACUGGUGGCUGCUGCAUCGGCCCCCCGCCCGCCGUCAUGCCGACUCCGGUCCCAACGGUGGCUGCCAGGGGCGACCCGCACCUGGUCAACUUGCAGGGGGAACACUUCGACGUGAACCACGGGGGAGAGUUCAUCCUGCUGAGGAUCCCCCAGAACGCCGCCAUGCCCGCAGAGGUGGAGCUGAAGGCCACCAUCCUCCCCGAGCACGGGAAGCCGUGCACCACCUACAUCACGGAGGUGGAGAUCUCUGGCUCCUGGCUGAAGGGCAAGGUCGUGCAGGUGCGCUCCUACCUUAGAUCCCACGCUCAGAACACGACCGACAAGUUCCUGGGCCUCCGGGUGCUGAGUGACGGCGCGCCUGCCGAGGCCCCGUGGGAGAAGAUCGACCAGUGGACCGACCAGGCGUACGUUCUCGCCAGUCCUGUCGCGGCGAGUACCACCACGGUGACACUGUCCAAGACGCAGUGGUACAGCAGGAAGCAGGUCACUGGUGGCGCGCCGAACGUGGCAGGGCAGGUCGAGGUCCACCUGCAGGCGGGGGCCACCGACGAGUCCGCGACGUUCGUCAUACGCCAGGACCUGCCGGGGCAGGAGCACCUGAACCUGGCCGUGCGCCGCCUGAGCGCGCUCGGUCGCGCGGACGUUGGCGGCCUGCUCGGGUUCGACGCACACCCCGAGUCCCUGGAGUCCGUCACGCCCGAGUGCCAGCGCCACAGGGACGGGCUCGACUCCGGCAGGAGGGGCCCCCGCUUCGACAGGCCGGGCUGGAGGACCCGCUGGGAGAAGGUCAGGGCGUCGCGCGCGACGGCCCACAAGCCUGGCGGGAAGAUGGAUGACAACGAGGCGGCCGCCACCCUCACCGCCAGGGAGCAGAUGUGCGUGUGCCCCAACGAGGACUUGGCCGAUGGCGAGAACGUCGAAGGCGGGCGCAUCGAGGGCGUGAUCGCCGACUUCCAGGUCGGCAGGCUCGCCGAGGCGACGUGGGACUGAGCGGGGGCCUCCUGAGGCCCUCGGCCUAGCGAGCGGUCCUGCUGGUCCAGGCCCUUCCUUCUCAUAAGCAGACUCUUCCCUUACCAUUUUGCUGCGCACCCGACGGCGAAGUCUUCUCCUCUCCCAGCCUCCGAGUCUCUCCCUGGUGGGCAUGCCAGGCAGAGGCUGAUCAGGUACGCUUCCCGGAGCUCCGGCGGGCGACCCCCGCGGGAUGCAGGCGACGAGCGCGUUUGGCGCUCCGUCGGGUCAUGCCAUCUUCCGCGCUGCACGCCGCUUGCGCGCGCGAUGACGAAAC